AUGUAUACUCCUGUGAUAUUUGAAAAAAUUCAUGAUGAAUAUGACUAUGCAUCAGUAACGAUAAUAAAACAUUGUAGUGAGAGUCAGUUUAUGCAUGAAUAUAUUGUUGCACUUUAUGAGAAAGACAAGGAGUAUAAAGUAAUUUUCAACCGUGACAAUAAGAUAAUCUCAUGUAGUUGCAUGAAGUUCGAAACAUUUGGAAUUUUGUAUUGCCAUGCUUUGAAAGUUUUUGACUUGCUUAAUAUUAAGAUAAUUCCUGAUACAUACAUUUUGAAGAGGUGGACAAGAGAAGCAAAGAGUGGGCAUAUCUAUGUUAAGACCAGAAAUGUGGAAGAGGAUGUGAAUUUAAAUGUUGCACAACGAUAUAGAAAAUUGUGUCCAAGGGUGGUAAAAGUAGUCGCUGAAGCAGCUGACAAUGAUGAGGCAUAUGCUGUUGUAGAGGGAAUGUUAGAGGAAAUGGAAAAACAUGUUCAAGAUAUAAAAAAUUCAAGUACUACUGAUAAUGAAGCUCACAUGUCAUUGCCAAAUAGCAAUGAAACUGCGAUUCAUACCCCAUAUGUUGAGAAUUUACUUGAAACAGUUAAAGGGAUCAAAAAGAAGGAAGGUUGGAAAUGUGGAAAACGAUUUAGAAGUUGGGUUGAGAAUCAGUCAAAGAAUAACACAAAAAUUACAACAAAGAAUAAUGUUGGGGAAAAGUUCUUUCAGGAAAUUAAUUGUUCUCUCAACAUUCAGGAUGGUAACUCUACCUCACAUGCAAAAUGUUAUUCUCGUCAGCGAAUUGAGCAAGUGCCUUAUUCAGUACCAAUGAUAACAUCUGAAGAACCAUUUGGAGAUAGACCUGAAACUGGUUUCAUUGAAUUUCUACAGGUAACUGAUGGAUUCAAUCUUACACCAACACCUCCUGUUGAUAGUGCAAAUACAAAUAUGAAUCUCAGGAAUUUCCUUAGUAAGUAA